AUGUCCAGAAUCUUGAACUGGAUCAUCCUGCUGAACCAAAAGGUGGUGCCACGCGGCUGGAAAGGAAGUACAUUGCUCUUCAGCACCUUCUGCGCCAUUGUCCCGACCCUCAAUCUCGGUGUUUUGAUAUGGGCGGCGGCAAAAUCCAAAAACGGCGUGUCAGGGGACUACGGCAUCCUCGUCCUCUGCGAAGGCCGCGGUUCCCAUCAAUGCUCGGGCAUCCAAGACCUGAACAAGUGGGCGCUUCUUUUAAUCAACUUGCUCAGCACGAUCCUGUUGAGUGGGGGCAACCAUUGCAUGCAAUCUCUAUCGGUGCCGACGAGAUCGGACAUCAACUCUGCUCAUAGCUCGGGAAGAUGGCUCGACAUUGGCGUCCUGAGUAUUCGCAAUCUUAGAUGGAUUUCACGAAAGCGACUGCUUUUGUGGUUGCUGCUUGGGUUAUCCUCUCUGCCUCUACACCUCUUCUACAAUUCUGCCGUCUUCAUAUCCACCUCCUCGAACAACUAUGCCGUGUUCAUUGUCGACCGCACCUUCCUCGAAUCCAACAGCACAAACGGUGUUUUGACGACGUCGAUGUCCGAGGGCAUGCCAGCCAUAUCCAUCCCUGAAUUUGCCAGCCAGCUACACGACGUCGCCAACUCCAACAAACUCGUCAACUUGACCACGGAGGAAUGCAGGACGGCCUACAUCAAGACUUUUCAAUCGUCGUAUCGUAACGUCCUCCUUGUCUCCGAUUCCAAGGUCGGUAUUGAUGUUGUCGACAACGGCUCCUCCAACGUGGUGAGCUUUCUGAAUGCGGAAUUUGUCUCGAAUUUCAAAUGCGGAAAAACCCAGGCCUUCGCGCCUGGGCUUGUUUUAUGGAUGGAACAGCUAUAG